CUGGUGCGCCCGCAAUAACAUGUCAUGGGGCGCGACUUUUAAGGAUUUUUCAUUCAAAUACAAAAAAUAAAAUCACAUCGAAUCGGUGUUCAAAUGGCCAAAAGUCCCUGCAAUGUAUGUGAUUCGCUAUUUGCCCGUAUCGCGUAAUGUCGACCUUUUUCCUGGAAAUAUUGUUUCGACUGCAUCACGUCGACUGGUGAUCGAUAAAUGUUGGCGGGAAAUUUAAGUGUGGUAAACUACUGAAAAAUGUAUUCACUUUACGUCAAUAUCUCGCCAGAACAGUUACCGAUAAUAUACAGGAAAGAGUACAACGUCAAGUUUUUUGGUUUGGAGAGAUUGCAUCCAUUCGACGCGGGAAAAUGGGGCAAUAUUUUCAAGAUGCUCAAUGAUCGGGGAUUAGUAACUAAAAAGACUGUAGUCGUGCCAAACGAAGCGAAGAAAGCUCAUUUACUGAUGGUGCAUAAGAAGAAAUAUUUAAAAAGUUUGAAGUGUAGCUUUACAGUAGCGGGUAUAGCCGAAGUCGCCCCACUAGUAUUAGUGCCUAAUUAUUUUGUGCAAAAGGCCUAUCUACGACCAAUGAGAUAUCAAACAGGUGGAUCAAUAUUAGCGGGAAAAUUGGCUUUGGACAGAGGAUGGGCCAUUAAUAUAGGCGGUGGCUUUCAUCACUGUUCGGCUUCUAAAGGUGGUGGAUUUUGCGUUUACGCCGACAUUACCCUGCUCAUAAAAUUCCUAUUCUAUCAUUUUCCAAAAAAGGUGCAAAAGGUUUUGAUUGUGGAUCUAGACGCUCAUCAAGGCAACGGCUACGAACACGAUUUCAAAGAUAACGAUGACAUCUACAUCAUGGACGUAUACAAUAAAUGGAUUUACCCCAGAGACGUCAACGUCAAGGGAGCAAUCAGGAAAAAUGUGCCGUUAGAUUUUUUUACCGAAGAUGAAGAGUAUCUAAAGUUAAUCAGAAAGAGUCUCGCGGAAGUGUUUGAAGAAUUUAGCCCUCACCUAAUAGUUUACAAUGCAGGAACGGACGUUUUAAAUGGUGACAAGUUGGGCGGCUUGUCGAUUUCGGAAUACGGUAUUUUGAAACGAGACGAAUACGUAUUUCAAGAGGCUACGAUGAGAAGCAUUCCGAUAGUCAUGUUAACCAGCGGAGGCUAUUUGAGAAAAUCCGCCCGUGUUACAGCGAAUUCGAUCAUUAAUCUAUACGACGUUGGUUUAAUAAACGGACCGCAAGAAUAUUUCUUUUAGGAAUUGUAGUAUCGUCCGUUUAUUGUACUCAUGCUGAUUAGAAACACUACACAUUUUGUAGUUUUAGUUAGUUGUUGCCUACUUGGUUCAACAAAUUUAAGAAAGGAACAGCAAUUGGCGUGGCCUCGCACAUUAGGUCAAAUCAACCAGAAAAAUAACCACGGUUUACUUUUGUUGCGUGGUUUUGUAUAAAACUAUUUCAUUUCUGUAUUUUAUUAGUAUUUGGUGGAUGCAUUUUCAGUUCUGACUUAGAAAUUCUGUUAAAUGAAAAGUAAUAAAUUCUUCCGUAUUCAGUGUAGAUUUUCAUAUAUAAAGUUCAUAUACAAAGACUCAAUGUGCUCAAUGUGUACUAAAGCUGCUAGUUUUUGCUUAUAAUAAUUUAACGAUUUUCAUGCGUAAUCCUAGAAGGUAUACUUUUCACAAUUAAUUACAUAUUCGUUUAUAAUAUGCAGCUUAUGAAGAAUCUCUCACACUUAGUUAUGCAAAGAAAUAUUUUUUUUACCAUAAAUAAAUUUGUUGUGAAUGUUGUUGUAAAUGUUGAAAGAUUCAAAAAAAUGUUACUGUUGUAUUUUUUAUACUCUUUAAAAAACUUCUGGAUUUCUCCUGCUUCGAUUUUUGUGCUAACGUUUCGUUAAUCAUUUGUUUCAGUCAAGCUCCCAAGAGUUUAGCAAGGUUAGCAAAUUCGACUCAACAAAAGCCGACGCAGAAGGAAUCCAGAAGUUUGUACAGUAGCCUGUGGAAGUUUCUUUUAAAAAAACAUUGUUCUUUUAUA